GGCAGUUGAAGCUCCACUAGCACCGUUGACUCCCUCCCUCCCAGCUACCGCAAGCCAAGAUGGAGCAAACAAAAGCGCUCAACGCGCUCGAGCCCUUCCUCGCCCUCAGCAAAUCCGCAACAUCACCGCGCGCCGCCUCGGACCUGGUCGUGCAGGCAACAAGUGCACCAAACACCUACGUCUUCGCCGAGCUGCUGCAGACACCAAACAUCCAGAAUCUGCGAAGCUCACAAGAAUACGCGCCAUACCUGACCCUACUCGAGAUCUUCGCCUGGGGGACAUGGGAAGACUGCAAGUCACGUUCUGAGCUGCCCAAGCUCUCAGCCCAACAACACCAAAAACUGCUCCUCCUCUCCCUCCUCCCCCUCUCCCGCUCGCACGCCACCCUCACCUACGCACACCUCCUCACCGCGCUCGACCUGCCCACACCCCGCGCGCUGGAAGAGCUCGUCACAACCGCCAUCUAUGCCGGACUUCUGACAGCCACCCUCGACCCCGCACACUCGCUCGUCUCUGUGACAUCCAUCGCACCGCUGCGGGACCUGGCGCCCGGUUCGCUUCCCGCGCUGCAAUCGACGCUGCAGACGUGGAGCCAGCGGUGUGACGCGGCACUGUCAGAUCUGGAGGCGCAGGUCGAGAAGGUGAAGAGGGAUGCGGUGGAGCGCGAGAAGCUGAGGCGGAAGAAGGAGAGGGCAAUUGAGGCGCAGACGAGUGACGAUAAGAGCACAGGGAAGCGGGGUCCGGAGCUUCGCGGGGGGUACGGUGAUGAGGAUGCCAUGGACAUCGAUCAGGACGGUGGCAGUGGCAGUGGCAGUGGCAGUGGCAGGGUGACGCGGGGCGCGAAGAGGGGCGCUGGAGGGUUUGGAUUUGGAGGUGCGGGGAGGCGGUUGGGAUGA